AUGGCAGAUGAGCUAACAAAGAAGUACAUUACGCUAAUUAAGACGGCCAGGCAGAAAAAGAAAGAAAAUGAGGUUCUGUAUCCGCUGUAUAAAAAGAGCAACGAGCUUUUGAAGGAGAUUGAAACCACACAGGAGCUGCGGCUUGACUCAUGCUUAGUAAGCGAAAUAAUAGGAGAAGAGAGCAAGAGAAUCUUUAUGGAGUGCAGCAAUAAUAUCACACUAAAUGGAUAUAUUGAGCUGGUAACAACGAACCUUGACGUGCACAGGCAGCUUGCUAGCAAAUAUUUUAGAGGUGCAUACUUUCCGCCUAUCCUUACACUUUCCGGAUCCAAGCAAGACGCGCCUGCACGAAAGCCCAAAAAGACAAAGACAGAAAAAGCACAGGAAAGGCCGGACAAAAAUGAAGAGCUAAAGGAAGAGCAGAUAGAUGCUCCAAAGGAGAUUAAAAAGAUAUAUGGAAUUCUAAAAGAGAUUGGAGAGGUGGAGCUUUAUAGACUUGUGAUAAAUGUUGACUCGUUCAGCAAAACAAUAGAAAACUUUCUAACUCUUGCAUCUACGCUAAAAGUUGGGCGAGCAUUUCUAUUAAAGAAAAAUGAGACCCUUUAUGUGAGCAAUACAAAGCCAGAUGAGAAAUAUAUGCUGAACAGCACGCACUGCAUUAUGGGAAUCACAAGCGAAGAGGCGGACAAAAUACGAAAGGAUCUAGGGAUUACUGAAAACAUGAUAUAA